AUGUUAUAAUUUAAUAGUAUUUAGUUGCUGCUAUUAGUUUUAGCAGUUACUACAUAUAGUAAUGAAGUUUUUGAAACUAACACAAUGAUACCUAUUAGUGUCAUAGCCUAAAUUAGAAAUACAGAAUUUAAGAAUCAAACACCUUAAAAUUAAUUGUUAGAUAAACAAAAUUAAGUUAGUGAUGAUAAGUAUUAAUGAAUACUAUUCAGUCUAGAAACGAAGUCAACAAUUUAUUUUUGAUUGAAUCACCUAAAAAAUCAUUAAAAGUUUUUUCAUAGAAGUCAUUAUUAGUAGAACAUUAACCAGAAGAAGUUCAAAAAGAAUCAUCUCAAUAAAAUGAUCCAAUAUUAUCAUAGGAAUAGAAAGAUCAAUAAAACAAGAUUUCAAUAAAAGUUAAUAAGAAAUUAAUGAAGGAUACAGAAAUUUCAUAAGAAAAUAAUAUAGAAGAGUAGCAUAGUUUAGAAAAAGAAGAACUUUAACCAAUUUAAAAUAAUAAGAUACCCAUAAAAAUAUCAUAAGAAAAUUAAGAGAUUGAAAAUAAUGAUGAGAAUGAAAUAACCAUUUAAGAUAUUAAAAUAGAAUCUAUUCAUAAAGAGCCUAUAUCUAAAAUAGAAGAGAAUAAAUCACAAAAUGAGGAUGUUAUCAUUAUUAAAAUAGAUGAAGAAAUUAAAGCGACUCCAAGAAUUUUUGGAAUAUUAGAUAAUGAUUAAAUUAAAUAAGAAAAUCUAGAGGAUGAAUUAAGUUUAGAGAAUGACUAAGAUAAAGAAGAAAUUGAAUAAUGUGAAGGAGAAGAACUUGAUACUAUUCAUUAAUAAUAGGAAAAUAAACGUUAAGAAUCUAAUAAAUUAAACAUUGACUCUAAAAACAAUAAAAAAACAACCAAAAAAUUAAAUGAAAACAAUAAAAAGUUAACUUCUAAUGUAUUAAAUAACAAUAAGAAAUAAUAGAGUUCAAGGAAAAAUUCAUAAUAAUAAUAAUAAUAAUAAUCAUAGAAAAAUUAAGGUUUUAAUUCUAAAGAAGCUGAUUAGAAAUUGAUUGGAGAAUUAAUCAAAGUAUAAGCUGAAGUUGAUGAUGUAGAUCUUAGUAUUUUUACAGAUGAUCAUUCUGAUUUAAUACCUAUAAUAGUUUAAGAUUAAGAAAAUACUAUUAUUAAUUCAACAGAUGAUGAAUUAUAAGAUACAUAAUCAUAAUAAGAAUUAAAUGAAAUUAAUAAUUAAGAUACUAUUAUUGAUGUUAAUUAAGAAUUAAAUUAAGAUCAAAUUGAUGUAGUAACUACUUAGAAUUUAGAUAUUGAUGGAGAAUCAUUUCAAAAUUUCUAAUCAGAAUUAGAUGAAUUAGCUAGAGAACUUGAUUAAUUGAGUUUAGAUUAAAUAUUAAAUUCUAAGGAUAAUAAUGAAAGUGAAAAUUUAUAAAAUGAGAGCAAUAAUGAAUCAUUAUAAUACAUAACAAUAUCAACAAAUAAUGAUCCAAUUAUAGUUAAUUCAUUAGAAGAUGAUUAUUUUUUAGAUGAUUUAGAUAAUGAAUUAAGUGAAUAAACUUAAUAAUAAGAAUAUAUAAAUACAGCAAAUGAAUCAUCAAAUUAAUAAAAUGAAGUACAAAUACUUAUAGUGGAUAAUCCAGAAUAACUUAUAAUUUAAAAUGAGACCAAGGAUGAAAUCUAAUCUUAAGAUGAGAUUCAUAUUGAAAGUGAAAUAGAGUAUUAAUUUAAUGAAGAAUAAUCUUAAGAAAUUGAAAUUAAUAUUUCUAUUGAUAAUAAUAAUGAUGAAGAAAUAUCUAUUAAUAAAGAAAUUUAGGAUAAUGAUGAAAAUUAAGUUUAAAAUGAUUUUAAAUAACCUAUAUAAUUGGAUAAUGAUAUGGAGAUGAGAUAAUCUGAAUAAUAUAAACCAAAUGAAUUUAAAGAAAUUGAUUUUAAGAAGAAUUCUAUAAUUAAAAAGGAAGUUAGUGUUAAUUUAGAUAAUAUGAUAACAAAUGAGAACAUCAAUGAUUAAGAUGGAUUGAAUGAUGAUGAAUUUUUGAGGAUUGCAACUGAAUCUGAAGCUGAAAUCAUUGAAAAUUUAGAAGAUCUUUAGGAUGGUAUGGAGACUGUGUAAUUUGAUAAAAAGGUUUAAAAUUAAAUUUAUACUUAACCUGAUAAAAAUUAAAGAAAUUAGAAAUAUAUUGAUAAUAAUAAGGAAUACUCAUUGAAAAUAGAUUAGAAUAGAAAAUAGAGUAGAUUUGAAGAGGAUUAUUUAGAUUAAAUUAAGAAUACUUAGAUUAGAGAUUAGUAUUAGAAGAGUAAGGAAGAUGAAUUUAAUUAAAUGAUUAAUGAUUUAAUAAAUGAAUUUGAUUUUAAAAGUUAAAGAGAUAGGGAUAUAAUAGAAUAUGAUAGAUAAAUCACUUAGCAUAUCAUAGAUAAUAUGGAAGAAUCAAGAUAUGGAAACAGAGUUUUCAAUAGAGAUUUUAAUGAAUAGGAUAAUGAAGAAUAAUGUGAUGAUGAAGUAGAUAAUAAUGAUCAAGAAUUUUAAGAAGCUUAUACAGAAUUUAAAAAAGUUGUUUAAAAUAAAGAAGAAUUUGAUAGAGAAUGUAAUGAUUAAGUAGACAAUUCUUAGAUUAGUGAUUAUGAAAAGGAUAUAGAUAAGAGAAAAAAGUAAGUGAUAGAUAAAAUUAAGAAAGAAUUAAUGUUAAAGAAGGAGAGACUUAAGAAUAAUAAUAAAUAAAGAUCUGAUAAUUUAUCUACUUAUGAUUUUGAAAGAAUUUAUUUGGAUUGGGCAACAAACAAAGAAGAUAUAGUUUAUAAUAUGUUAUUGCAUACAAGUAAUUCAGAUAUGUAAAGUCAAACAUUAGAUGAAGUAUAAAAUACAAAAGUAGAGAGGAUUUCUAAAAAAUAAGAAGUAGAAGAAGAAUUAUAAAAAUUAUAUUCUAAUUAUGAGAAGGAUAGAAAAGGAAGAUAUUUAAGAGGAUAGAGAUGAA